GUUUUUAACGGUGUUUAAUUAGGAGAAAAUAUAACUUAAUUUAGUUUCCAGUGUAAACACGAAGGCUUUUGUAUCUGCAUCGCAUUUACAUCUUUAAAAUAUUCCGAUAAAAUGCGCGAGUGUAUCUCCAUUCAUGUGGGUCAGGCUGGAGUUCAGAUCGGUAACGCGUGCUGGGAGCUGUACUGCCUGGAGCACGGCAUACAGCCGGACGGGCACAUGCCCACCGACCAAACCACCUCCGGCGGAGAUCAGUCCUUCAACACCUUCUUCAGCGAGACUGGCGCCGGGAAACAUGUACCCAGAGCGGUGUUCGUGGACCUCGAACCCACUGUCGUUGAUGAGAUUCGAACUGGUACAUACAGACAGCUGUUUCACCCAGAGCAGCUGAUAACUGGGAAAGAAGAUGCCGCUAAUAAUUAUGCCAGAGGCCAUUAUACCAUUGGCAAGGAAAUUGUAGAUGUGGUAACUGAUCAUAUUCGCAAACUGUGCGACCAGUGCACUGGACUACAAGGAUUCUUCAUCUUCCACAGCUUUGGUGGUGGAACUGGUUCGGGUUUUGCUUCACUGCUGAUGGAGAGGCUGUCCGUUGACUAUGGCAAGAAGGCCAAGCUCGAGUUUGCUGUUUACCCUGCACCUCAGGUUUCCACCGCAGUGGUAGAGCCCUACAAUUCCAUUCUGACCACACACACCACCCUUGAGCACUCCGACUGUGCUUUCAUGGUGGACAACGAGGCCAUCUAUGAGAUCUGCCAAAAUAACCUGGACAUAGGACGCCCCACAUACACCAACCUCAACCGCCUCAUCGCCCAGAUCGUGUCCUCGAUGACCGCCUCCCUGCGCUUCGAAGGAAUUCUCAACAUCGACCUGAUGGAGUUCCAAACCAACCUGGUGCCGUACCCUCGCAUCCACUUCCCCCUGGUCACGUACGCCCCGGUGAUCUCUGCCGAGAAGGCGUACCAUGAGCAUCUGUCCGUCAUGGAAAUCACCAACGCCUGCUUUCAGCCAGCCAAUCAGAUGGUGAAGUGCGACCCUCGGCAUGGAAAGUACAUGGCUUGCUGUAUGCUGUACCGUGGAGACGUGGUUCCAAAGGAUGUUAAUGAGGCCAUUGGAAGCAUAAAGACCAGGAAGACCAUUCAGUUUGUUGAUUGGAGUCCCACAGGGUUCAAGGUUGGUAUCAACUACCAGCCGCCGACUGUGGUUCCAGGAGGUGAUCUGGCCAAAGUUCAAAGGGCAGUCUGUAUGUUGAGCAACACCACAGCCAUCGCUGAGGCUUGGGCCCGUCUGGAUCACAAGUUUGAUCUCAUGUACGCAAAGAGAGCUUUCGUGCACUGGUACGUCGGAGAAGGUAUGGAGGAGGGCGAGUUUGUGGAGGCCCGUGAAGAUUUAGCCGCUCUCGAGAAAGAUUACGAAGAGGUGGGAGUCGACACUCCCGAAGGAGAAGGUGAAGAGGGAGAAGAAUAG